GGACAACCAAUCCUCUUGCAUUAUUCUCACCCUCCUUUUCUCCAUUCAAACUACAUUAUAUUGAAAAUAUUACUACAAAACCAUGCAUUUCUGACUAUUUAUUACUGAAGCAGACAGCAGCUAAGUUUCAGAAAAAGGCAAUACAAUUUUAGUACAUGAGGAAAGCAUUUAUUGCCCUGUCUACGUCCUUCGGUUAGAUAAUAAACUUUUUAAGUACGAAAAAGUAUUAUUCGUAAAAAAACUUUUUCUUUUAAAUGGACCCAGCUACUUCAGAUUUCCCAUGUCAUGUUUACCUUCUCCACUGAUGGAGGGGCUAUAAGUAAAGAUAGAAAUAGAUCUUGUACCAUAUAAGUAGUCCCUUUAGGAAAAGGAGUGUUGAGAAUGGGCUUGCAGAUGAAGAUGAUAUGUAUAGGGGUGUGCAUCAUUCACUUCUUUUUCAUGAAUGUUUGUUCACAGGAGGAUGCAGGGGGAGAAAGUACAGCUCAAGGCACUGUGUUUGUAGAUGGAAAAAGUGGUAUUGGAUUUGUAGACAGUGAUUAUGUGUGUGCCACUUUGGAUUGGUGGCCACCUGAAAAAUGUGAUUAUGGGACUUGUAGCUGGGGCAAGGCUUCUUUACUCAACUUGGAUCUUACUAAUGAGAUUUUCUUGAAAGCAAUAAAAGCUUUCACCCCGUUAAAGAUUAGAUUAGGUGGCAGCUUGCAAGAUAAACUCAUAUAUGAAACUGAAGAUCAAAGACAACCGUGCACACCAUUUGCUUAUAAAGCCUCAGAGUUGUUUAGUUUCACUAAGGGGUGCCUGCCUAUGCACAGAUGGGAUGAACUUAAUCUAUUCUUUGAGAAAACAGGGGCCAGUAUCAUUUUUGGAUUGAACGCUCUUAAUGGCAGAUCCACAAACGUAAGUACUGGUAUUGCUGUUGGAAAAUGGGAUUCCACAAAUGCAGAAUCUUUCAUACGUUACACUGUCAAGAAAAAUUACAUGAUCCAUGGUUGGGAGCUGGGAAAUGAGUUGUGUGGAAGUGGAGUAGGCUUAAGAGUUGCAGCAGCUCAGUACUCUUCGGACACAAUUUCUCUUGUGAAUUUAGUUCAAGAUAUAUACAAGGGUGAAGAGUUUCAGCCACUAAUUAUAUCACCGGGAGGAUUCUUUGAUGCAAAUUGGUUCAAAGAAUACCUUAGCAAGACGCCCAAACUAAAUGUUGUUACUCAUCAUAUUUAUAAUCUUGGUGCAGGAGUUGAUCAACACCUCGUUGAAAAAAUUCUUAAUCCAGUGUUUCUUGAUGGCAUAGCUGAUACCUUUAAACAACUCCAGGGCAUAGUAAAAAAUUCUGGGGCAUCCGCAUGGGUUGGUGAGUCAGGAGGGGCAUACAAUAGUGGUCAUAAUCUCGUGUCCAAUGCAUUUGUGUAUAGCUUUUGGUACUUGGAUCAGCUUGGUAUGGCUGCAACUUAUGAUACAAAGACAUACUGCAGACAAACACUGAUAGGCGGAAACUAUGGUUUACUCAACACGAAAACCUUUGUUCCAAAUCCUGAUUACUACAGUGCUCUUCUUUGGCACCGGCUGAUGGGAAGAAAAGUCCUCUCCACAAGCUUCUCUGGCACCAAGAAACUCCGUGCUUAUGCUCAUUGUGCAAAACAAUCUAAUGGUAUCACAAUGCUUUUAAUCAAUCUUGACAACAACACAACAGUUGUGGUAACACCAGCCUUCAAUAACCCUUCAUCGCAGCAAGGCAGGCGCGGUUUUCUGUACAAGAGAACAAAGCUUAUGCAAGUCUCUCACGGAGAUCAAAUGUACAGCACAGAAACAAGAGAAGAAUACCAUCUGACAGCAAAGGAUCGCGAUUUACACAGUCAAACAAUGCUUCUUAAUGGGAAUGCACUGACCUUAACUUCAUCCGGGGAUAUACCAACAUUUAUUCCUGUAAAUGUAAAUUCGUCGGAGCCUAUUAAAGUUGCUCCUCAUUCUAUUGUAUUUGUUCACCUUCCGAAUGUCGUUCUCCCUGCUUGCAAGUAAGCGGGAGAACAGACGGUGAUCAAGGUUGUUCCAGAAGUUACUUACCCCUAAGGGGUGCUCAACUUAAAUAUAUAUAGUGGAAAUGAAGAAGCUGCAUGCCGAAAAAUAAAGGCAUGCAACACUUUUAGCA